UCGUCAGAAGAAUUACGUUUACCCUGAGAAGAGUAAGAAAGAAGUGGAAAAGUUGGUGUCGUAGAUGAUGGUUGCUACCCCAGACCGCUGCGAAAAAGGGUUAGUCUUCUUUUUUGUAUUUUCCAUCUUUUUAUAAAACCAUGAGCAUUUAAGAGCUAGCUAGAGCCAAUAAUCCUCCAAGUUAGUUCAUUUUCCAAUCCUAAUGACUAUUUGUAAGAGUGAGCUCACCAGAUCAAAUUAUUCUGUUCUCUUGACUAUAAUUUCCAUGCUCCUAGAAGUAAAUUUUAUUUCAGUGCUCAUAUUUAGCAAAUUAUUAAUGAAAAAAAAAAAACUUCUAUGAAUUUGAUCCACCAUGUGUAUUGUGAACUAAGCCACUGAACUGGAUUCGUGUGUGAAUUCUCAGGCAUCCUCUUUGUUCUUUACAAAUAGCAGAGUGUCAAAAUUUAAGUAUUUUUCUAGAGAAUAUAUUUGGUAGGCUCACCCGACUGAGGGAUAUUUAAGAAUUGGUGAUUUCUCGAAGAAAUUUGAUUCUUUGCCUUUUUUUCUCCUCUCUGGGAAUGGACACUAAACAAGCUUUAUGUGUGAAUUCUCAGGUAUUUCGAUUUCUCAUCUCCAUUCUUCAAAUAUUAUUUUGAUGAUUUCUUCUUUUUGUGAAUAUGACUUCGAGUAAUGUUUUUAACACUAAUAUACAGCUUGAACCUUGAUUAUUUUGAACUGAAAGAAGAGAUGAAUUUUAGCGUUAUUCAGCCUAUGGUUUCCAUCAGCUUAAGAUUUCUCAAGUCUCAAAUAUCACAAUAGAAAAUAAGGAGUAAAUGAUCAUCUCAUGGUGUUUGAAGUCUACAGUCAUACACAAGGGUCGAUUGCCUUCAUCAGAAGAUUUUUGGCUUAAGUUCAGGAGAGAAAUAUUGCAUGCGAUCUAUUUUUCCAUACAUUAUGGUUUCAUUAAUUAUUUUUAUGACGUCCCAGCACUUGUUAAUGAUUUUAUGGGAUGCCUUUUUUCGGUUAGCCCCAUGGAAAAGGGAAUGUUUUGGAUUAUAAAUCAAUAAAACACACAAGUUAUUGGCUAUUGCUUUGCCUUUCACAUGUACCAUCUCCUUCGCUUACCGCAUUUUUCGUUGGUAGGUCUGACAUGCCAUAAUGAACUCAUGCAUCAUUUUAUGAUAUACAAUGGUUUCUGCAAACUUCCAAUUUGAAACCCUUAACGAACAGGGGCAUGGCUGUGAUAAGAGAAAAUGCAGGUAGUUUUCCCUGGUAUGUUUCCUUUAAGAUAUAGGUAUUUUUCCAAAACUAGCAAUUGACAUAAUUGAAGUGCUUUAUAUCCUUUUGCCCAUGUAUCAUUGACUCAAACUCUAGCAAAAGAAACACAGAAUCCAUGAAAAUAUGUGAUCUUCUUGCUCCCCGAUUUAUUUACUUUACUUAAAAGUAUGUGCAUGAAUGUAUUUUCUUUCAGCAUUUCAAGUUUGUAUCAUCUACCUUAAGCAAUAUUGUACAAGAUUGCCUGCAAUGUUAUGUAUAUUUUGAGACAGACAAUGGGAAUGAUCAUGCUAACUUAUAUGCAGAAGCCUACUUAUGUGCAGAAGUUUCAGAGCUGUUUGCAAAUCUUGAGGCUUGUAAUUCGUGUUGAAGUUUAUUAUAUAUGUUGCAGGAAACACCUCAUUUUGGAAGGGUUCAAUCAUUUGCAAGUUUCUUGGUGGAAUUCAUGCAAUUGAAGAUACUGUGGACUUCUUUGGAACUUCAGGAGAAGAUAUAUUGGCCGAUGAUCCUCCACGAUAUACUUCAUAGGAUGCAAGAUAUUUUCAGAUGCACAGCUGCAUUGUUUUGUCUGCAAUUUUCUGCUUUCAUUUCAGUCUUUGGGAGAAGACAAAAAAUUGUUCAACUGAGUACCAAGCAUGUCUGUGGGCUUUGGAGCUAUCAAACUGUCCCAAGUGAAAAACCAAAAAUGCUUGGGAGAUUGUUACUGUGGCCUUUUAUUUGCUCCUUACGAGAUUAUGCCUACCAAAUUUUGAGUUUGAGCAAUAAAGAUUUAACAGAAAUCGAGAAAGUUUACAUCACCAACUCAAGCUUUGAGCCCUCAAGUUCUCAUCACGUUGCCAACAUUUGUUAGGAAUGUGUCGUAGAACCAGAAGGACUAGAAGAGUUGAAGAGGCCAAGAGUUGGCAGCAUGUUCUGGAAUUGUGACAGAAGUUAGUAGAAGAUCGGCUGAAGUUUCUGUGCGCAGUUGUGAGGAAGAGAGAAGCAUGGGGGAGCAAGCUGCUAACAGAAUGACAUGUGCAAAUAGAAACAGGCGAGAAU